AUGGUUGAUCGACUUGUAAAUAGCGAGGUGAACGCGCGACGAGUGGCGAACGUCGAGCAAUGCUUCGGUAAAAUGGGCGAGCCGCUGAAGCAAUUCGGACGCGUUCUCGUCGGCGAAGGUGUGCUCGUCAAAAUGUGUCGAAAGAAGCCGAAACAGCGGCAAUUCUUCUUGUUCAAUGAUAUUCUCGUCUAUGGAAAUAUUGUGAUAUCAAAGAAAAGAUACAACAAGCAGCGGAUAAUUCGUCUAGAAGGCGUUCAGUUGGAAGAUCUCGACGAUGAGGGCGCGCUGAAGAACGGCUGGAUCAUCAAGACGCCGGCGAAAUCGUUUGCGGUGUACGCGGCGACGGCGACCGAAAAGAAGGAAUGGAUGCUUCAUAUUCAGCGGUGUGUUUCGGAUUUGCUGGAAAAAGGCAACAAGCGGCCGGCGACGGAGCACGCGGCGGUUUGGAUUCCUGACGGAGAGGCCAACAAGUGUAUGGAGUGUGGUCGGACGCAGUUCAAUUUGGUUCAGCGACGACAUCAUUGCCGAAAUUGCGGACGAGUUGUGUGCGCCGCGUGCUCGUCGAAAUCGUUCCGAAUCGACAAUUUGAACAAGAAACCGGUUCGAGUGUGCGAUACGUGUUUUGCUCGUCUCAAUUCUGGCCAAGCGUCAAACUUCAAAGAGCAUCCGAAUCAUGGUGAAUCGUCGUCGGAGAGCGACGAUGAGGGCGGUUCCAACAAAUCGGCGGACAGCCGGCCGACGUUCUACCGAGAAGACGUGUCAUCUUGA